AUGGCGAGGAUUCAGGAGCACAACCACCUUCUUUCAUCCAAAGUGGACGAAACCCAGCAGCUGCUGCACCAGCAGCACACGCAGAACAUCCAGACAACUCACUCUUCCCAGAGCUUGCAGACCCCCCAUAGGAAGAGGAAAUACGGAAAGGUAGCGAGGGCAACGCUCGCGCCUUCCAAACAGUUGGUGGUGCCGACACCCAGGGAUCAACCACACAUCCCAAAGAAAGUCUACUCCGAUUGCCGACUUCGGAUCAACGAUCGGGAAGCAGAGAGACGGAGGUCUCCGAUCAGGAUUAACGCUCAACUAAGGGGAUCACGGAUGAACGCCUUAGGAAGCAAGUCGCCUAUUCGGAGGGUCAGAGGGCUGGACUCCGCAGAAGAGUCGGCGUCCGAAUACAUCCCUUCCAAGACGCAAGCUUCCACCUACCGUUCGGAUAGGAAAGUGCAGCAGCUGCGUAUACCGUUCUAUACCGGAACCGAGGACCCCUUAACACACCUUCACUCAUUUCAGUCCGCCAUUGGAUGCAAGGGCCUGAGCGAUGAAGGGCAGUGCCUGCUAUUCCCGUCUUCCCUUACCGAAGCAGCCCUGAACUGGUUCUACCGGUUGGAGCCGGAAACGGUAGAUUCCUUCGACGAGUUGAAGCAAAUUUUCCUUAAUCACUUCAUGAUCCAAACGGACCGUCUGUACUCUGCCGAUGAUCUCUACAUGAUUCGGCAACGGGACGACGAACCAUUGAGACAAUACGCGGCCCGCUUCAGUCACGAAUACUCAAGGUGUCCGGAAACAGAAGAUAGGGCAACCUACGGCGCCUUCAAGAGUGGCCUUCAGUCCUCGCACUUCCGAUACCUGGUACACAGCAGCAACUGGUGCACGUACGACGAACUGAUGAAGCAGGCAGUAGUCCACGCCAAAGCCGAAUACUUCAACUUGAAACCCAGUGUUUCGGCACGCCGAGAGGAUACAGAACCAAAUGCUUAUCCGGCAAAGGCGCCAUCCUACGAGUGGGCCGACUCAUAUUCGGCAGGUCAUCAGAGGAAAGACAACCGUGCCGAUCGAAGAGGCCAGCCGAAGAAGGGAAAAAGGCGGUACAGUCGCAACGACAACUGA